GACGCAGCGCCAGUGUCGGAGGGGCUGAUUCGCUAUGAAGAGAUCAAGUUCGGGAAGCAGCUCGGCGAGGGCAGCUUCGGCAUGGUCUACCAGGCCGUGUGGAAGCACGACGACGUCGCCGUCAAAAAGAUCAAGGACAAGCUGCUCCGUAAGAAUGCCGAGGCCGCAAAGGUCGAGUUCAUCAAGGAGCUCAAGCUGCUGCGCUCGCUCACAAAUCGUCACGUGGUGCAGUGCUUUGGCGGUCACGCGUCCGGAAAUCACUUCUUCAUCGUCACUGAGCUCAUGGAGCGCGGCUCCCUCGCGGACUGCCUCGACAAGCACGCAGACGAGUUUGCGUGGGCACGCCUCGGAAAGAAGGUGCUGCUUGGCGCCGCCAAGGGCCUGCUUCACAUCCACAGCUGCGAUAUGGUGCACUUUGACAUCAAGCCGCUCAACGUGCUCAUCAACGAACACAACACGGCAAAGCUCGCCGACGUGGGUCUGGCCAAGAGGCUCACGACAACUGUCACCAAGCCCGGCGGGUGGACGCCCGCAUAUGCCGCGCCGGAGAUCCUCAACCGCGAGGGCGCCAACCAGAAGAGCGACAUUUUCUCGUUCGGGCUGAUGAUAUGGCAGGUUUAUACGCAGCUCAACAGCCAAGUCUCGGCGACAAAUGCGACGCCGACCCGCGCUGGCCGGUGGCGGGGAUCCUCACGGGCGCCGGCACCACACACGGUGCUUGCCGCCGACCGCGCCGUCUACUCGGGCCUGAUCACCCGCUGCUGGCAGCAAGACCCGGCGAUGCGGCCGAGCAUGCAGGAGGUGGCCGCC